AUGCGGGAAGUCGGUAAUGUGGGCUUUUGGGAAGAGUAUCAGAGUUAUUCCGACUACAUUGGCCGGCCAGGUUAUGUUCACUUGGCUAGCCGAUUGACUGCAUACGCAGGUGGUGCAACAAUUUGGCUCGCUCGAGAAGAUUUAAACCACACUGGAUCGUGCUGCAUUGUUAAUGCCUUAGGUCAAGUUCUCCUGGCCAAGCGAAUGGGGAAAAAAAGGAUCAUUACGGAGACGGGAUCGGGUCAGCAUGGGGUUGCUACAGCCUCUCUAUGCGCCAAGUUUGGCCUACAGUGUGUUGUCUACGUUGGAGCGAAGGACGAGUUAAGACAAUCAGUCAACAUGGGGAAAAUGGAAAUUUUGGGAGCUAAAAUUGCUAGAGUCAAGACAGGAGACCAAACACGUCGGGAAGCAAUGAAUGAAGCCUUGCGUGCUUGUGCUGCGGACACCGAGACGACAUAUUAUUUAGCCGGCACACCAACUGGACCUUACCCGAUACCCCUAAUUGUGCGGACCUUUCAAUCAACCAUGGGAGAAGAAACCAAAAGGCAAUGUCUGGAGAAAAUAGGGAAGCUACCAGAUGCAGUCGUCGCGUGUGUUGGCACUGGGGCAAUCGCGGUGGGACUUUUCCCCCCGUUCUUGAACAACACCACAGUCAGGCUUGUUGGUGUCGAGGCAGGGGGAAAAGGUCUCCAAGGCUCUUUUCACAGUGCCACCUUGUCAAAGGGAAGUUGUGGCGUCUUCCAGGGUGCCAUGACUUAUGUGCUGCAAGACAAGCAUGGUCAAAUCGGACGCAGCCAUUCCGUCGCGGCCGGUCUGGAUCAUCCGGCGGUUGGACCUGAACUGAGUUUUUGGAGGGACUCUGGGCGGGUUGAAAUCAUUACUGCAACAGACGAGGAGGCAAUAGAUUGCUUCCGUUUAGUAAGCCGACUUGAAGGCAUCAUUCCGGCACUAGAGUCUGCACACGCCAUUCAUGGUGCAAUGCAAUUGGCCAAGUCGAUAGGAUGUGAUAAGCAUGUGUUGGUAUGCAUUGGAGGAAAUGGCGACAAGGAUAUCCCCCUCGUGAGUAGUUUGAUUGCUUAG